AUGCCGCUGUCGAGCGAAGUCGAGAAACGUUUGAAUCGCAGGACGGUUUCCUCGACACUGCCAGCGAUAGAAAUAUUGCAGAGAAAUAUUAAACCUGCACCAACAAACUAUAGCAGGAAAGCCCGAGAGAUUCCUUUCCAUUUACCACACAAGAAGUUGUUAGAAAAAAUUGAAUAUGUGAAGAAGGAACCCGAGCCACUGACUGGAUUUGCAGCCGCCCAGGAGAAUAGAUUAAAAAAAGAAAGAAAACCCGGAACUUUGGAACCCAUAAAAGUAGAAGAAACUGGUGUUAAAAAGAGGAGGAGGCUUAUGAUCCAGGAAUCCAAAGCUAGCUUAGAUGAGAAAGUGUAUGAGUCGUCAGAUCCUCUAAAAGUGAAGCCUCCGGUGGCGUCGCAGACUGACGUAAUUCAUUACGUAAGGGAUCACCCAUCAUGUGGAUUCUUAUACAUGAUCUAUGCUGUGCAUCCUCAAAAUGUUUAUUUCACUCCUUAUUACCUCAAGGUCGUUCCCUAUGAGAACAUCGACAAACGAAACUUUUUCACAAUCAGUCCAUGUGGCGUUACCCACUAUUCUAAUGAGAUGGUAUUUACAAAACUACCAGCGUGGGAACAAGAGUAUACCAUAUUCGUUAAACUUACAGACAUCAAAUUCUUCAAGUUAUAUCGCUAUUGGAAAGCGUUCUAUGUGUGGAAUAAAUCUAUAGCGUUUAGAAAAUAUACUAAAAUUCGUAACAAGCUAGCUAAGAACCUUUUCAUUUUGACGCCGGUUUUAGGCAAAGCCUUGCUAAGUAUCCAGGCUAUGUGCUGCGAAAUGUACACGAAAACAUUUGCCGAUUUAACCAGAGACAUGGACACUCCGUUCUUUUACUUCAUUGAAGAUCAGAUGAAACGAGUCGAAUAUAUAAGAGACAAGCUCAUAGAAUUUCGCACUGUUGUCAUGGAUGUGAUCACACAGUCAUGUCAUACAGCCUUGUACCAGCAAGGAUUUGUGUACGAUGAUAGAAAUAUACCACCCUUUCAAGUUAUUAGAGGGAAACCCACUGGAGGCAUGUCCUAUACGGAGAAAGCGAACAAACGAAAGUAUUGCGAAAGAUUAGCUUGUUUUAUUAAGUUAGCUGAUUACAUGACCAACUACAUGUUAUACCGACUGACGAAAAGGUCCAACAAAAUGAUGUCAGAUAUGCUUCGUAUUCACGUUUCGUUUACUCCCUCGCCGACUCAGUUGAUGGAUGAGGAUAUCGAAGAAGUUGUGGAAUUGCUGCCACGAGCUACAGAUACUUGCAAGUGGGCUCUGUUCCAAGUAGAUGCUUACAUCAAAACAAGUGGUGAAAUGGAACUUAACCCCAGCGAGAAAGUAAUCCUCACUUACUUUGAAAAAAUUACGAAUUACUGGGAAGAGUACGUGCGUACUUUUCACAAUUUCUUAAACGACGAAACGUUGCAAAUAUUCGUGCAGCCAACCAUAAUGGGCAAGCAAGUCGACUGGUCUGCAGGACUAUCACCGAAUCUGUAUUUCUUAAUGAACCAGGAUAAAGAUAUGCUGGCAGAUAUUGCAUACAUACCGUAUUCGGUUAAAUUUGCUUACGAAAGCGUCUGGACCUUCUUGGAACGUUUCAAGAAUUUCAAGGAUAACUUUCGCGACUCUUGUGCUAUGGAUAUUAAUGUAAUUAAGGAAGAGAGAGAUGUAUUCAAGUUCAGGAAGAUGUGUGAUACUUUUGUAAAACAAAUGGAGUCAGUUGAAAAUAUUUUGCCCUACCAACCUUUGGGUAUGCUCUUUUUGUGCCUAAGUCCCUUCGUCGAACUAUUUAGACCACAGCCAAGAAAAUUAUUUGAUGUUGUGGCAAAUACUACUCCUGAGAUCGGACACAGUUGCAUUGAAGAAAUAGUACAAGGCAUAGAAGACAUCAAUGAUGACAUAAUUAAAGAACCUGCAACAGCUGCCGAACUGGUCGAAUUUAACUUUAUGAUGGACGGACUUGAAGCGAGGGUAGCAUUCUUGGAAGAGCGGCUAGAAUACCUCAGGGAACUUUAUGAUCUAAUGGGAGAAUUCAACAUACCAAUCUCACCUGAUGAUAUGACUGAGUAUUUAGGUUUGAGCGUGGCUUUGGGUACCUUACGAACUAACGUGGAUGCCAGAUUGGAAACCCGCAGCAAGCUUGCCGGACUUUUCGCGAGCCAGAUCGGCAAGGACAUCAUGGAACUUAUGCUCGACGUCAACAAACUCAGGGACGAAGUUGCGCAACCGUGGUUUUACGAUGAAAAGUCAGACAUGGAGAAAGUAUUGGAAGCUUUGCAAGAGUUACAGGAGAAACUUAUGGCCUGUUCCGCGAGAGAGAAGCAAAUACGAGAUUGGCAAAAGAUAUUUAAGAUACCACCGGCCCGCUUGGAACAAUUGGAUGAAGCAGUUAAUGACGUGAAAAUGAGACAAUUGCUAUGGAAAUCUUCAAAAGAGUGGAUUGACAUGUACCAAUCCUGGUGUGAUGCACCGUUCCAAACGUUGGACGUUGACGAAAUUCAGACAACUACGAUUAACUUUGGCAAGAUAUUUAAUCAACUUGACAAAGGUAUACCUGCGAACAAAAUUGUGCCGAAAUGUAAGGCUACUAUUGACAUCAUCAAAGAAAAGCUACCUGUCAUGUCAUACUUACGAAACCCAGCAUUGAAGCCACGUCAUUGGGUGAAGAUUGAGGAAAUUCUUCACACACGAUUCACUCCUGACACUGAGCUUACUCUCAAAGUUUUUGAAGAACUGCAUGCCUUCCAACAUGCUGAGGAGUUGAUGGAAGUCGCAGGGCAGGCCAGCUCUGAGGCUGGUUUAGAGGGCUUGCUUAAAAAGGUGGAAGAAAUGUGGGCUUCUCUAGAAUUCCCCGUCAUAUUACAUAAGGAUGCUAAAGACGUUUAUGUGCUGGGUGGUCUGGACGAAAUUCAAACGUGUGUUGAUGAGAGCAACAUUCAUGUCAGCACUAUACUCAGUUCUCGAAACUGUGGUCCCAUCAAGAGCAGGGUAGAGGAGUGGGCGAGGAAUUUGGAUCUUUUCUCUAAAACUUUGGAAGAAUGGCACACUUGCCAACAGACAUGGAUCUAUCUGGAGGUGAUUUUCAGUGCACCCGACAUUCAGAGGCAAUUGCCAAAUGAAACUAGGCUGUUCACUAUUGUCGACAAAUCCUGGAAGGACAUUAUGCGUAAACUGGCAAAGGUACCUCUGGCAAUGCCAGCGGCAACUCAGCCAAAACUCUACGAAGAAUUCGUGAGAAAUAAUGAGAUGCUCGACCAAAUAAUGAAGUGUCUAGAAGCUUAUCUUGAAACCAAACGAGUUGCUUUCCCAAGAUUCUUCUUCUUGUCUAACGAUGAACUUUUAGAAAUUUUGGCUCAGACAAGAAACCCCCACGCUGUACAACCUCACUUGCGCAAAUGUUUCGAUGCCAUUGCUAAACUAGAAUUUGGCGUGAAACUGCCCGAAAACGAGAUGGAAGUAACUGAAGAGGGCAAUCUUGUGGAGAAGGAAAUGUCUUUCCAAUCGAGAGAUAUGCUGCAAGCUAAGCUAGCUAAGUCAGCUAAACCAGAAGAUCUAACUACAGAUAUCAUUGCCAUGUUGUCACCUGAAGGAGAACGGGUUAACUUAGGAAAGGGGCUGAAAGCGCGAGGUAACGUUGAGGAUUGGCUCGGAAAAGUAGAGGAAGCAAUGUUCGCAUCAGUCAAGAGAUGUAUGAAAAAUGCUCUCAAAGACUUCCCAACAAAGCCACGAGUCAAAUGGGUUCAACUUCAUCCUAAUCAAAUAAUAUUGACGGUAUCCCAAAUAAUGUGGGCGAAGGGUGUACAUGAAAUUUUUGAUCUCGAAAUCCCUCUCCGCAUUGAUACCGGGCUAAUGGAUUAUGAGAAGAAAUGUAUAUCAGAUCUUAAUGAUUUGGCUGCUCUAACUCGGGCUGAUAUUGAUCCAUUGUUCAGGAAGGUUCUAUGCGCUCUUAUUACUAUAGAUGUGCAUGCUAGAGACACUAUCACACAGAUGGUGGAAAAACAUGUGCAAAGAGCACAAGAUUUCGAAUGGUUGAAGAUGAUCCGUUACUAUUGGGAGGAAGACAUCGACAACUGUGUAGCCAGAAUGUCAAGUGCUAUGUAUGUGUAUGGUCAUGAGUAUUUGGGUGCCGGCGGUGUCCUUGUAAUUACUCCAUUGACUGACCGAUGCUACCUUUGCCUCAUGGGGGCGUUGCAAUUGGAUCUGGGAGGAGCUCCCGCCGGCCCUGCUGGCACUGGAAAAACUGAGACUACCAAAGAUAUGGCAAAAUCUUUGGCUAUACAGUGCGUCGUCUUCAAUUGCUCUGAAGGGUUGGACUAUAAAAUGAUGGGACGUUUCUUCUCCGGCCUUGCAACCUCUGGUGCUUGGUGCUGUUUCGACGAGUUCAAUCGUAUCGACAUUGAAGUGUUGUCUGUGAUUGCACAACAACUCAUUACCAUCAGGAAUGCCAAGGUUGCGAGACAAAGCAGGUUCAUGUUCGAAGGGCGUGAGAUCAAAUUGGUUCGCAGUUGUGCCGCUUUCAUUACUAUGAAUCCCGGUUACGCCGGGAGAACUGAACUGCCUGAUAAUCUUAAGGCUCUUUUCCGUCCCAUAUCUAUGAUGGUACCGGAUUAUGCUUUGAUCGCUGAAGUUAUCCUGUACUCGGAAGGUUUUGAAUCUUCGAAGGGUCUAGCUAAGAAGAUGGUGCAAAUGUACAAGUUGUCCAGCGAACAGCUAUCGAAACAGGAUCAUUAUGAUUUUGGUAUGAGAGCCGUGAAGAGUGUGCUGGUGAUGGCCGGGGCCCUAAAACGCGCGAGUCCAGACCAGCCCGAGGAGAUGACUCUACUGUGUGCACUCAAUGACAGCAAUUUGCCCAAGUUUCUAGCAGCUGAUGCCAUACUAUUCGCUGGAAUACUGUCUGACCUUUUCCCCGGUGUGGGAUUACCUGAAAGAAACUACGGUGUCAUGGAAGACGUGAUCAGGGAUAUGAUUCUUGAAAGGAAACUCCAAAUCGAAGUCUGUCAAAUAAGAAAAGUGAUCCAGUUACACGAGACUAUGAUUGUACGAUGGGGUGUCAUGUUAGUCGGGCCAACCGGUGGAGGAAAGACAUGCGUUUUAAAUGUUUUAGGAGACACUUACGCAAAACUUUGCGAAAUGGGGGAACCUGGUCCGCAGAAUCAGAUAGUGCACAAGUACAUAAUGAAUCCGAAGAGUCUCAGCAUAGGUGAAUUGUAUGGUGAAGUUAAUUUGCAAACGCUUGAGUGGCACGAUGGCAUAUUACCUCUCAGUUUACGAACCGCUGUGCAAUGCGAUAAACCGGAUCAUCAAUGGUUGAUCUGCGACGGCCCCGUGGACGCCGUGUGGAUAGAGAAUAUGAAUACAGUGCUGGAUGACAACAAGAUGCUCUGUCUAUCCAACUCCGAGAGGAUCAAACUGACGCCUUACGUGCACAUGCUGUUUGAGGUAGCAGAUUUAGCACAAGCAUCACCAGCCACAGUAUCCCGCUGCGGCAUGGUAUACAUAGAUCCGAAUGAAAUGGGCUACAUGCCCAUGGUACGUUCCUGGAUAGAUGAGGGAGUCGAGAGAAACUUCUUCACUCAGGAGAACUCAGAGUUCGUCCUCGAAUUGUUUGACAUGUUGGAAGUUGGGGUCUCGCACGUCAACACCAAAUGCCGCGUUGGAAUCAGCCAGGUAGACAUAAGCAAAGUGUCAGCUAUCUGCUACCUCCUGGGCGCAUUACUGUCGGAGCCAGGAGAUCGGUUUCCUGACAAGGCGGCAAUCAAAGUGUACAUUGCACAGUGCUUCAUAUUCUGCUACGUUUGGUGUAUUGGUGGCAAUAUUCUAGAAGAAAACCGAAAACUCUAUGAAGAAGUCAUAAAAAGACAGUUCGAGAUUUAUGAGGAGGCUGAAUACUUGCCUAUGGGCUUCAACUUCUUUGAUAUGUAUAUGGAUACGAGAAUGCGAAGGCUUAAAGUAUGGGCUGAUAUUAUUCCCGAGUUCUUGUACGACUCCUCACGGCCAUUUUUCGAGACUCUCGUGCCUACUAUAGACACAGUACGAUACGGCUAUCUGUUUGAAAAGCUGCUGGGUUGCGGCAAGCCUGUCAUGUUUACUGGAAAUACAGGUGUCGGUAAAACGGUUAUAGCAAUCGAAAUGUUAAAUAAAAUGGCGCUUGGCGGCUAUUUCAUACCUUUCAUAUUGAACUUUUCGGCUCAAACUGGCAGUGGCCGGACACAGAUAGUUAUUGAAUCACGUUUAGACAAGAGGCCACGGAGGGCAUUAGGAGCUCCAUUGGGGAAAAAAGUGAUAAUUUUCAUAGAUGACGUGAAUAUGCCUCGUCUUGACAUAUACGGCGCACAACCGACUAUAGAGCUACUGAGGCAAUUCCUAGACUUCGGUGGUCUGUACGACCGUGACAAGUUGUACUGGAAAGAUAUCCUCGACGUAGUUCUGGCAUGUGCAUGCGCGCCGCCCGGGGGAGGUCGCAACCCUCUUACCGCACGAUUCGUCAGGCAUUUCGCCAUGUUCUACAUAAGUGCACCUAAUUCUGAAGCUAUGAAGACUAUUUUCAAGGCGAUCCUAAAGGGCCACAUGGAAGACUUCGUAGCCGAGGUAUCGAUCCUUGGAGGGCCUAUUGUCGAUGCUGCAGUUGAGUUGUAUCUGAAGAUUUGCGCCGAGCUUCUCCCCACUCCAGCUAAAUCGCACUAUGUGUUCAACCUCAGGGACUUGUCCAAGUGCAUGCAAGGAGUUCUACAGGCUGACGCCGCGUACAUGCGGGCACCGCAAGGAAUGCUCAGGCUGUUCUAUCAUGAAUGUCUACGCGUCUUCCACGAUCGACUCAUCAACAUUGAAGAUAAGAGUUACUUCUACCAUCUCAUGACCACUGUAUGCACGAGGAACUUCCAGACACCUAUUCUAGAAGUACCCGACGAUCCCAUCAUAUUACAACCACCUCUUCUGCUCUUUGGUGAUUUUAUAAACUCUGCUAUUCCCAAAGAAAACCGAAAUUACGCUGAGAUACCUGAUCUGAAAAAGCUUACGGUGGUUCUAAAGGAAUACUUAGAAGAGUACAACUCAACGGCUCGCGCCGAGAUGCACCUGGUGCUGUUCCAAGAUGCCAUAGAACACAUAGUGCGAAUAGCUCGGGUGCUGAGAGCCGAACGUGGCCACUGUCUCAUGGUCGGCCCUGGUGGCUCUGGUCGCAGGAGUGUGUCCACCCUCGCUGGUCAUGUCAAUGAGUGCAAAUGCAUGGGUAUGGAGCUGAAGAGGAAUUACGAUACCCCAGAAUUCCAUGAAGAUCUUCGCAAGAUGUACAUGAGAGCAGGAGCUAAUUUUGAAGAUACUGUCUUCCUAUUCACUGAUACACAGAUCACAAAGGAAGAAUUUCUCGAAGAUAUCAAUAAUAUGCUUAACUCUGGUGAGGUACCGAACUUAUUCGAAGGUGACACUUACGAGGCUGUUCAAACCGCGUGCCGCAACGAAGCAGCCAAGGUCGGCAUAGCCGGUGCAGACCGCGAUGGCGUAUACUACUUCUUCAUCAACAGAGUCCGAGGGAAACUCCAUCUCUGUAUUUGUAUGAGUCCUGUUGGAGAGGCGUUCAGACGUCGAUGCAGAAUGUUUCCAUCACUGGUCAACUGCUGCACCAUUGACUGGUUCACAAAAUGGCCGCCCGAGGCUCUGCUAUCUGUAGCCAAACAAUGCCUACACCCGCUGGGAAACAAAAAGAUUAUUGACCAAAUCUCAUCAAUUUGCGUAACUAUGCAUCAGGACGUGGAUAUAAUGACAGACAGAUUAUAUCAAGAGAUGAGGCGUUACUUCUACACCACGCCCAGCAGUUAUUUAGAUUUGCUCAAGCUGUACCUGAUGCUGUUAGACAAAAAGCAACAGCAAAUCAUACGCGGCAGGGACAGGAUCUCUUGUGGAUUACAGAAACUGUACGAAACAUAUGAAGUGGUCGGCACGAUGGAACAUCAAGUCCGUGAAAUGGAACCGAUUCUCGCGAAGAAAGCAGAAGAGAGCAUUGCGCUGGUCAACAGGCUCAAAAUAGAACAGAAGGCUGCUGAUCAAGUCAAAUAUGCUGUCAUGAAAGAUGAAGCAGCAGCUAAGGUAAAAGCAGAAGAAGUGAAACAAAUAGCCGAUGAGGCAAAAGCCGACUUAGCACUUGCUAUGCCUGCUAUGGACGCCGCUCAAGCUGCACUGAAGGCGCUCAACAAAGCAGACAUCAAUGAACUAAAGGCCUUCCAGAAACCUCCCGCUCUAGUGCGGUUUGUCAUGGAGCCGAUCUGCAUACUGUUUGGAGCUAAGCCCGAUUGGGACAAUACAAAAAAACUGCUUGCUGAUGUCAAUUUCCUAGGCAAGCUCGAAGAUUAUGACAAGGAUCACAUCCCAGACGCGACGCUGAAAAAGCUGAAAGUUUACCUAACCCACAAGGAUUUUAAUCCAGAUACUGUCGUCAAAGUAUCGAAGGUAUGCCGAUCCAUGGUGCUAUGGGUGCAAGCCAUCGAUAUGUACGCCAAAGUAUUCAGGGUCGUGGAGCCAAAGAUAAUCAAGCAUAAAGAAGCAGCAGGUAUAUUGAAGAACGUGAUGGCAGUACUCAGGGCCAAACAAAAAGAGGUGGAAGCCAUCGAGGCCCAACUCGCCAAGAUGUUGGAAGAGCUACGAGUGGUGGAAGAGGAAAAAGCUAGAUUGCAAGCUGACGUAGACUUGGCUGCAGCUCGGCUGUCGAGAGCGGGCCGCCUCACUCAAGCGUUGGCUGAUGAACAGACGCGAUGGGAAGACAGCGUUAAGGCUGCGUCUGAGGCCUUACGUUGUACCACGGGAGACAUUAUAAUAGCUGCUGGCUGUAUCGCUUACUUUGGCGCCUUCCCGGCUCACUACCGGCGCGAGCUGGUCGUCAAGUGGAUCCAACAGUGCAAGGAGUUGGAGAUACCGGCCUCUGAGACCUUCGAUUUGAUCGACGUGAUGGCUGACUCAUACACGGUGCGGACUUGGAAUUCGCAAGGGCUGCCGCGAGACGCAAUAUCUACUGAGAACGGCAUCCUUGUGACGAGAGCUGGGCGCUGGCCGCUCACUAUCGAUCCACAGGAGCAGGCCAACAGAUGGAUACGGAACAUGGAGAAAGACAAUGGCCUGAUGAUCACAAAGCUGAUAGAUGCAGGUUACCUCCGUAUCCUCGAGAAUUGCAUACGGCUGGGCUGGCCGAUGCUCAUAGAGGACUUAGGAGAAACGCUUGAGGCGACCCUGGCACCUGUACUUCUCAAACAAACUUUUCUUCAAGCAGGAAGACUGCUCAUCCACUUGGGAGACAGCGACAUAGAAUAUGACACGAACUUUCGUCUUUACCUCACUACGAAACUGGCCAACCCUCACUAUCUGCCAGAAAUUUGCAUCCAAGUGACCUUGGUCAACUUCACCGUCACCCUAUCAGGCCUUGAGGAUCAACUGCUAGCGGAUGUGGUAAGAUUGGAACGGCCGGAUUUGGAGAUUCAACGCACUGAGCUGAUAGUGCGUAUCAAUACAGACAAGGCAACCCUCCUCGAGAUUGAGGACAAAAUCCUGAGACUGCUGUAUGCCUCUACUGGCAACAUUCUGGAUGACGAGGAACUUAUAGAAACCCUCAAUGAGAGUAAAGAAACAUCGGAAAUAAUAAACGCUCGGCUGGAAGAAACUGAAGCGACAGAAAUAAGUAUAUCAGCAGCUAGAGAGAAGUACCGAACAGUGGCCACUCGCGGGGCAGUGUUGUAUUUCGCGGUAGCGCAACUAGCAGAUAUUGAUCCUAUGUACCAGUUUUCACUCAAGUACUUCAACCAGAUCUUCAAUCAAGUCAUAGAAAAAAGUGAAAAGUGCGAUGUACUAGAAACUCGGUUAGAUAUCCUUCGGCGUGAAAUCACACUGUCGGUAUAUCGGAAUGUCUCCCGAGGACUAUUCGAAAGACACAAACUAGUGUUCAGUUUCCUUCUGAACAUGGCUAUUUAUUUAGACGCAGGAAUAGUAUCGCCAGAACAAUGGAACUUCAUUUUGCGAGGCCCUGCCGGCACGAUUGUGGUACCGCCUAAGAAGCCUCUGAUUGAAGCAUUAACCGAACAAAUGUGGCUGGCCACUAACCACUUGAAUGAAACAGACCCACAUUUCGCGGGGCUAGCUAAUGAUUGUCUGCAGAAAAUACCUAUCACGCUGGGAAUGUUUUCUUUGGACAUCCAUGUAGACACCAGCAAUUUGAUGCCACCACGAGUGAAUUGGGACUCGGUACUAUCACCAUUUGAAAAGUUAAUGUUAAUUAAAUGCCUGAAGGAAGAGAAGUUAGUGUUUGCGAUCGCGGAAUAUGUGUCCACCAGCCUGGGCUCUGUGUUCAUAGAGAGUCCCACUGUUCAGCUCAACACGCUGUAUGCAGACACAACGGCAACAAUCCCACUAGUUUUCGUUUUAAGCACUGGCUCGGACCCCUUCGGAGCUUUCCAAAAAUUUGCUACGGAAAUGGGCAUGCGUGAACGUGUGCAUUCGAUCUCGCUAGGUCAGGGCCAGGGUCCAGUUGCUGAGAAGAUGAUAACCAGUGCAAAGCCCAAAGGCGAUUGGAUUUUCUUACAAAACUGUCACUUGGCUGCUUCCUGGAUGUUGAGCCUUGAAGUGAUAGUAGCUAAUUUGACCAGUGAAUCCGGCAUGCCUCAACCAGAAUUCCGUCUAUUCUUGAGUUCAAUGCCCACGCCCAAAUUUCCGGUAUCUGUGCUGCAGAAUUCUGUGAAAGUUACAAAUGAACCGCCAAAAGGUCUAAAGGCAAAUGUGAAAAGAGCUCUAAUCGAAAUGGAAGAAGACUUCUUUGAAAAUCAUGUACUGGGUCAAGAUUGGCGCACAAUGUUAUUUGGUAUUUGUAUGUUUCACGCUAUAAUUCAAGAACGCAAAAAGUUUGGUCCUUUAGGUUGGAAUAUUACUUACGAGUUCAACAACAGCGAUCGCGAGUGCGCCAUGAUGAACUUGCAAAUGUUCUGCGAGGAUGGCCACAUGCCUUGGGACGCGUUGGAAUAUAUCACAAGUCUUAUAACGUACGGAGGCCGAGUAACAGACAUGUGGGACCAACGUUGUUUGACCACUAUCUUGAAGCUCUUUUUCUCGCCUCCCACUCUUGAGGAGGGAUACGUUUACUCACAAUCGGGCAAUUAUUACUGUCCCAGAUCUGACAAGUUGGAGGAUUAUCGGGACUAUAUAGAAUCACUGCCAAGUGUUGAAAAUCCGGAAGUAUUUGGUAUGCACGACAAUGCUAAUAUAGCUUUUGAGAACAAAGAAACGAGUACGUUAAUCCAAACAAUAGUAGACGUGCAGCCCCGCGCUAUAGGCGGUGGUGGUGGCGACACUCCCGACCAAAUCGUUUGGCGAGUCUGUGACCAAACACGAGCUAAAAUCGCGAAGGGUAUCGACAAGUCUCUCAUUAACCCCGACCUCAUGAUACCAGACGAUAUGGGGCAAUUAAAUUCAUUAACAACCGUGCUGAUACAUGAAACCGACAGGUUCAAUACACUAUUGGGAUUAAUUCAUAAUUCGCUCAAUGAACUUCAGAAGGCCAUCAAAGGUAUCGUGGUGAUGUCAGAAGCAUUUGAAGAGGUUUUCACAGCUUUCAUAAACAACAGAGUUCCCAAUAUGUGGCAUAAGAAAGGAUAUAAUUCGUUGAAAUCACUCGGCAGCUGGAUUCACGACCUCACUUUACGAAUUAAUUUUAUGGAGAAAUGGUUAGUAGAAGGUGCUCAGCCGAGCAGCUGGGUGUCGGGCCUGUUCUUCCCGCAGGGCCUGCUGACAGGCUCCCUGCAGUCGUACGCGCGACGGUACCGCGUGCCCAUCGACGCACUCAUGUUCGACUUCCAUCCCCUGCCGAUAUUCUUGUCACAAGACGAUGUGUUUAAGCAAAAUACUAGAAAGAAGGCGGUGGGGCCUGACGUAUACGGUUUUCUAGAGCGUCCCGAAGAUGGUGUUAACAUACACGGGUUGUUUAUCGACGCCGGCCGCUGGGAUAUGCGUGAAAAACUUCUUGUUGAUGCUCUUCCAGGUCAAAUGAAUCCUCCACUGCCAGUGGUAUGGUUUCAGCCCGUGCUCACGUUGCCUAAGCCCGACCCUCGGUACGAAGCACCGUUGUACAAGACAUCAGAAAGAGCGGGCGUACUGUCCACAACUGGUCACAGCACAAACUUUGUGUUGCCAGUACUACUACCCAGUAAUCAAACACAAAGUUACUGGAUUAUUCGUGGUACAGCUCUACUGACACAAAUUACGGAUUGAGUUUCUUUAUAUUGGUUGAUACUAGAUAUACCAUAUAGGUAAUAUAACAUUAUGAACAAUAAAAUCUAUGACCAAUAA